CAGACCCUCCCCAUACGGUAGCAAGCACCAUGUGCGUAGAAGUGGAAGACGUUUAGCGAUCUGUGCGAAAACUGCAAACCAUGGCUAGCCAGAUACAAACCGAUGAAGCCACGAAGCUCACCACCAGCUUCGAAGUAAACUUGCAGAAAGAUGCCGAGGGCGCCGCCGGCAAGCACAGCGGCGGCGGCGGCGUGCUCCGGCCUUCCCGGAUAUGCCACCUCGCCAUCCUCUCCACCGCCUUCUGGGCUUUCGUGUUCUUCCUGCACUACUCAAGCACUCAAGGCGACGGCGGAGGCGUGGCGUCCGUCCUCUUCAAGCAGGCGGCGUUCUCCCUUCCUCCCCUGCUGUCCGGCAACACAGCCGACCGCGGGCGCACUCCACCCGAGCAGCCGCCGCCGCCGUCGGCGCUCUCCGUGCAGGCACGGUCGCCGCCGGCGGUGGAAGCCGCGGCGCACUUGGACCGGAGCGCGACGGCGCCGCCGGGCGACCGUUGCGCGGGGCGGUACAUCUACAUGUACGAACUCCCGCCGCGCUUCAACGACGAUCUCGUCCGCGACUGCAAGAAGCUAUGGCGGUUCUACGACAUGUGCCCGCUCUUGGCCAACUCCGGCAUGGGCCGGCCGCUGGGCGACGAGGGCGGCGUCUUCUCCCCCCACGGCUGGUACGCCACCAACCAGUUCACGCUCGAUCUCAUCUUCCACGUCCGGAUGAAGGGCUACGACUGCCUCACCGGCGACCCGUCCCUCGCCGCCGCCGUGUACGUCCCCUUUUACGCCAGCCUCGACGGCGGGAGGCACAUGUGGAAUAGCACCUCGCUGCGUGACGCGCUCGGCGUCGACCUCGUCGCGUGGCUGGCAGAGCGCCCGCCGUGGCGCGCCAUGGGCGGCCGCGACCACUUCAUGGUGGCCGGACGGACCGCCUGGGACUUCCGGCGCUACGACGACGUCGACGAGCAGUGGGGCACCAAGCUGCUCAACUUCCCGGCCGUCCAGAACAUGACGGUGCUCGUCCUGGAGACCAGCCCGUGGCGCCGGGCCAACUUCGCCGUGCCCUACCCGACCUACUUCCACCCGGAGGCGGCCGCGGACGUCGCCGCCUGGCAGGAAAAGGUGCGCGGGGCGGAGCGCACGUGGCUCUUCGCGUUCGCCGGCGCGCCACACCCGUGGCAGCGCGAGACCGUGCGGCCGCAGAUCUUCCAGCAGUGCGGCGCGUCGAGCCGCUGCAAGCUCUUCCGGUGCAGCGGCAAGGGUGACGCCAACAGCUGCAAGUCGCCGGGCGCCGUGAUGCGCGUGUUCGAGAUCUCGAAGUUCUGCCUGCAGCCGCGCGGGGACUCGCUGACGCGGCGGUCCAUGUUCGACGCCAUCUUGGCCGGGUGCAUCCCGGUGUUCUUCCACCCCGGGUCGGCGUACACGCAGUACACGCUGCACCUGCCCAAGGAACCCAGCAGCUGGUCGGUGCUCAUCAUGCACACGGAGGUGAGCGAGCGGAACGUGAGCAUCGAGGAGAGGCUGAGCAAGAUCCCGCCGGAGACGGUGAAGGCGAUGCGGGAGGAGGUGAUCCGGCUCAUCCCGAGGGUGGUGUACGCGGACCCGACGUCGAGGCGCGUCGAUUUCAAGGACGCGUUCGACGUCGCGGUGGAGGCGGUCAUUGACCGGGUGGCCAAGCGGCGGCGGGGAGACGCCGACGCACGCUGAUGCACCGGCGGCUGGCUUGGCUUGCUGUCUCAUCGUCUGCCUUGCAUCUGCCCAAGGCUCUAGAGUCGCAUGACUGCACCCAUCAGCUGCCUUGUCAAAGUGUAAUCUUCGUUGUCCUGCACAUGAUUGAUUUCUUUGUCACGCAGA